AUGGCCAACAACUUAAUGAUACCGCCAAAUCUGGCGGUCGCGACUCCGCAACCAUCUUUGACGCCGCGAGACCUCCCGUUGAAUUUGAUUGCGCUCAUCAUACAACAUAUGGACGACCUAGGCGAUAUAGCACGGCUUACCUGUACAUGUCGCCUUCUAUAUUACAUGGCUCUUCCGAAGCUUUGGGAACGCGUUACGCUUCGGUCAUAUACAGAGGUUAGAUAUAUGGAUGGGGUACCAGAAGGCUUCGGAAGUGGCUCGCCGUUUGCUAUGGGUAUCAACUCGCUGGUCACAGGCAAUGUAGCUGCGUACGUCAAGAGCUUUGCUUUGACCGGAGAAUGGACAGAGCUGAACAUGGACGAAUAUACGAAAGGCAGAGUUCCAGACAACGCUAUGAUGUUGAACAUCUCGCUUCGAGCAGCAUUGGACAAGAUGCCGGAAUUAGAGACUUUCAAGUGGGAGUUGAAUCCUAAACUUUCGCUCAACGUGUAUCAAGGCCUAGCCCAAAGACCGAAGCUGAGCUCCCUUACACUGCGUUUCCCUUCUACUCGAAUGGCGAGACCAACUACUACGAUCCCACCGAUGCCUCAGCUCCGUAAAUUCGUCGCCUACGAAUUAGACCCUCUCUCCUACCCCGAUGAUAUAUCUAUCCUCAUAGCCCAAUCGAAGAAGUUACAGGACUUGACAUUGCAUUGGAAUCCAAGAAUUCGAAGAGAUGCCGAACAGAGCGUGAAUGUUGGCUCAUAUUUUGGACCUCUUGUAGCUUCACAACGAAAGCUUCCUCUAAAACGUCUUGGGUUCCACAAUUUCUUUGCAGCUGCUACAGGCCCUGAAUUUCACGAAAUUGUGGAUUUCCUUUUCUUAGAAUGCAUCAAUAUCCUUAACGUGAAGAGCACUAGAGACCACAGCACAGUUUUUACCGACGAUACUUGGCGCAAGAAAUCAAUGAAAGGCACUCCAUCGAAUCUGAAAUCAUACCGGGGAGAUGUACUAGACAAGCCGCAUGCCCUUAUGCUUGCAAAAUGCUAUAAGAUGGAAGAGCUGAUUUUCGUCAACACAUCCAGAUACUACGGGACGGACGGUACAUCAUCGUCCAAUGGCACUCCUUCGACACCUAAUUCGGCGGACCCUGAAACUCCUAGAUUACUCCGUCCCUCACCUUUCGAGCUCGUGCAUGUAGCGUCGGACUAUUUAGCCGCUAUCCAUACGGCUCAUACACAUUCCCUGAAGCGGCUGUUACUCUCAGAUCAGUGGCUUCUAGAACCGACUGUCGUUCGAAAGCUUGUCAAGGCGUGCCCGAACCUUGAGCAGCUAGGUGUAGCUUUGGCGGAUAAUAGCCCUGAAUCGGCCCGUAUUUUCAUUCCUGAUGCUCCUAAAGUCUGGGCCUAUCGAGCGCUAAUAAAACCGAAUUCAGAGCUGCAAGAGAAGAUGCACGGCAUGGAUCCUCAAGACCUGGAGAUUCUGGUAAGCUACGAAUUCUGGAGACCGGAGUACCGCAACCUGAAAUUCCUCGGUAUGGGAUGCACGCCGUAUAAGUUAGGAUCUGUGGGCAAACAUCCGAACGGAUCUGGAAAAUUUCUUCGACAUUGCGAGUCACUGACUUGGGCUCAAGUGUCACAUAUUGAAAUAUGGGGAAUGGACAACACCGGCUUCUUAUGA